AUGUCGCUAGUAGCGCUGGCGACUCCUCCUCGCGGCCUCGCCCCCAUCACCUGUGGCGUCAGUAGCAACAGUUGCUGCGACGCUACCUCUGCUUCGAAUGGAAUUAUAGAAUGGAAAAUGGAGGAAAAAGGAGGAUUUUAUGAUCUGGAAGGGGUGAAACUCUUGCUCUCAGCCAUGGUCUACGUUUCACUAAGGCUAAUGGACUUAGGUUUAGUAUUGCGGAAUGUGGUGCACAGAGAUUGCUCCGUUAACGAAGUAGGUUUUGGUUCGUGUUGUUAUAUUCCCUGCGAGGGGAAUAGGGUGGCACAUAAUCUUGGUCAUUCCCUACUACUUGUCCAAUAUAUUUUGAUAAGCUUAAAUUCGCAUAGACAAAUUGACGAAACUCACUUUGCCAUGUCUAGCUACAAGGAACACCAGCUGAGUGUUCUGCUAGCUCUUUUGUGCGCACUUGUGUAUGUAAAUGCUACCAUACCUUUUCCACCGUUUCUCCCUAGGCCUCCGGUGUUGGAACCAAUUUUCUGUUCAUCUCCACCACCACCUUUACGAUCUCCACCACCACCUUUACGGUCUCCACCACCUCCACGGCCACCCCCACCCCCACCUCCACCGCCACUGCCACCACCUCUACCUCAUCCACCUCCACCUCCGCCACCUUCUCCACCACCGCCACCUCCUCCAUCUCCACCCCCACCUCCACCUCCACCGCCAUCUCCUCCUCCUUCGAGUCCUCCACCACCACCUCCACCAAGAUCUUGA